AUUUCUAAUUUUUUUAUUUUUUUUUAGAUAUUAGAAAAUAAUAAAUUCAUAAUAAGAAAUGUCUGGUAAAAAAUUAUUUGCAGUUUGUAUUGAUGGUAGCAAACACAGCGAAAGAGCCUUUGAGUGGUAUUGCAAAUGUGCUCAUCGAGAGGGGUAUACAGUUGGUUUAGUACAUAUUCAUCAGUUACCAUCAUCACUUGGUGGACUAUAUGAGGAUGGUCCUGGCCUGCAAGUAUUGGUGGAUGAGUCAGUAACAGAAAGUAAAAGAAUAAUAAAAAAAUAUCAAGAACUAUGUAAAGCUAAAGGGAUUACUGCUUUAACGUUAUGUCAGACCAACCAAGGUUCCAUUGGUCAGACCAUCUGCAAUAUCGCAAAAGCAAACUCAGCUGAAGCUAUUAUUAUUGGUCAGCGGGGGUUAGGCAUAGUUCGGCGUACUUUUCUUGGCAGUGUUAGCGACUAUGUGUUACACCAUUCACAUGUACCAACAAUUGUGAUUCCAACGACAAAACAGUAAGGCGUAAGAUAGUCAAAGAUUUUCCAUUUAUGACCAUGAGAACAAAACUUACAAUAUAUAAAUUAAUAAUUUAGUAUUAAAAAUGUACACUUAUAAACAAUUAUUAUGAUUUUUAUAAACAGUUUUUAUUUUUCAUAAAAAAUAAACACAAGCUCUACAAA